CACUAGAAAAGGAACAGCAACAUUUAGGUGCUACUCUACUGAAGAAAAGCAGAAAAAUCAUGCACAGUGAAAGGAACUGGGGAAAAUCCCCCUUCCAGGAAAGCCAGAUCACUCCAAUAUUCAAAUCCAACUAAAACAUAAGAGCCCUUUUGGAUCAGGCCAAAAGUUCAUCUAGUCCAGCAUCCUGUUCUCAGUGGCCAAUCAGAUGCCUACAAGAAGCCCUACAACAGCACUCUCCCUAUCUGCAAUUCUCAGCAACAGGUAUUAAAAGCAGAAUGAGGUGGUAGAAUACAGAUGUGGCAGAAUGGACUAUACCACUUCAAACUGCAGACUGGGGAGGUGUGACAUUUGGAAGACUCCCCAUGUGCAAAAUCCUCUGAAAACAGAAAACUUGCCGGAUAGAAGCUCUUCAUGAAGAACAACCACUACUACUCUGCUAACUUUCCAUGGUGGUUGUGCGGGAGGAUUAAACAGUUUUCAACUGCUUUCUUUCAACAAUGACAGAAUUAUGCCCCACAGAAGGAAGAAUCCUGUCGUCGUCCAAGGUGCAAUGUUAGAUUCUUAUUUUUUGAAGGAGCUCAAGGAUGAACAGAUAGAACAAACUCUCAGAUUUAAUAACAAAUGGAAACUUUCUGGAAUCCAGAAGAUACAUUAUAAUUCUCUAGAAAAAAUCCUAGGAGGGUUUGGUACAAUCCCUGGAAAGUUGAUCUGGCCAACCAGUCUAACAACAACUCCCGAAGGUGACUUAGCAGUGAAAGACAGUGGAACCAGACAGAUCCAGAUCUAUAGCGCAGAUGGCCACACUAAGCAAAGGUUUUCUUAUGGAUUUGAACCAAUAAAAGGGAUGGGAGACAUUACCUGCAUGAAAAAUGGUGUGUUACUCGUGACCAAUGGGACCAGGAUCAUCCAGCUCUUUACCAAAGAUGGUGAGCUGAUUCAUGAACUGAAGUCUCCAAAAGUAACCUGGCCUUGUUCGUAUGGGAUAGCAGUCCUGAAAGCUAACAAAAUUGCAGUGUCAGACUGGUCCAAUGGAGGAAAAGUUAACAUCAUUGGAGUGGACUGGAGAAUGAACACAAUCCUGAAGACACACUCAAUAGAAGGAUUUCACAGGCCAGUGGGAGUGGCAGUCAAUAAGAGUGAAGAGAUAUUAGUCACAGAAGGGCAGCUUUUUGGAAAAUUCCAGGGCUGCUGCAUCAAAAUUAUCGACCGGGAAAGAAGUGUGAAAAGGACCAUUGGGCCCCAGUAUGGGAGAAAAUUCACUUUUGAAAAUCCUUCUGGCAUCUGUGAGGAUUGUCAUGGGAACAUGUUUGUAUCCGACGAAGGACAAAACUGCAUUGUGAUGUUUAAUCCCGACUCAUCCCUCAGUGCUGUUGUGGUGUCUGAGGGCUUGCAAGGGCCUAGUGGCCUCUCCGUGAUGGACCAUGGGAUGAUAGCUGUAGCAGACUGCUACAACCACUGUGUUAAAAUCUAUAGGUACAAAUAAGUAA